AUGGUGCCCCUGCCCCUCUGGGUAGUGGCAGCCGCGCUCCUGGGGCUCCGCGCUGCAGCCGGGCGGCAGGCUGGUAAAGAACAACAGAUCCAAAUAGAGCUGCGGAAAAGCAGGCCGAGGCCCUACGGGUUAGUGAUUCCCAUCAGCACCGAUGCAGACGGAAGCUACGUCUCCAGUAUCCUCUCUGCAAGUCACCAAAGAAGAUCCACACGGGAGGUAUCCCAAAGCCCCAGACAGCUCUAUUUUAAUGUCACUGCCUUCGGAAGGGAAUUCCAUCUCCGGCUGAAACCCAACACUCGCUUGGUGGCCCCUGAGGCUGUCGUGGAGUGGUAUGAAGACUCUGUGGAAACUGGAGACGAUGCUGGUAACACGAGCUGGACUAGAACCUCUACAGAGAGAUUAUGGAAAAGAGAGCCCCUGUGGACCAACUGUGCCUACGUGGGAGACAUAACGGACAUCCCUGGAGCUUCUGUUGCCAUUAGCAAUUGUGAUGGUCUGGCUGGUAUGAUAAGAACUGAUAAGGAUGAAUACUUCAUUGAGCCUUUGGAAAGAGGAAAGCAGAUGGAAGAAGAAAAGGGGAGAAUCCACAUGGUGUACAGGAGAUCAGCUGUAGUACAGCAUCCCACAGAUCUUCUCCCUGAUGUCCAUACAGAAGGGUCUCUUCUUGAUGGCCUGGGAGGGCUGAGCUCCCUGCGCGGCAGCGUGGAGCAGCAGCUGAACGACACCCUGAGGCGCCGCCGGCACGCGGGGGACGACGACUACAACAUCGAGGUGCUGCUGGGUGUGGAUGACUCUGUCGUGCGAUUCCACGGCAAAGAACACGUCCAAAACUACCUCCUCACCCUCAUGAACAUCGUGAAUGAAAUUUACCACGACGAAUCCCUGGGUGUUCAUAUCAACGUGGUGCUGGUCCGGAUGAUCAUGUUGGGGUAUGCAAAGUCCAUCAGCUUGAUUGAAAGGGGGAAUCCCUCGAGGAGCUUGGAGAACGUUUGCCGCUGGGCGUAUCAGCAGCAGAAAUCGGACCCCAGUCACUCUGAGCACCACGACCAUGCCAUCUUCUUAACCAGGCAAGAUUUUGGGCCCGCUGGUAUGCAAGGAUAUGCUCCUGUCACUGGCAUGUGUCACCCAGUCAGAAGCUGUACUCUCAACCAUGAGGAUGGGUUUUCAUCAGCUUUUGUUGUUGCUCACGAAACCGGUCACGUGCUGGGGAUGGAGCACGACGGGCAAGGGAACAGAUGUGGGGAUGAGACAGCGAUGGGGAGCGUGAUGGCCCCCUUGGUCCAGGCUGCCUUUCACCGCUACCACUGGUCCAGAUGCAGUGGCCAGGAGCUCAAAAGAUACAUACACUCUUAUGACUGUCUUCUUGAUGACCCUUUUGAGCACGAUUGGCCCAAGCUUCCUGACCUGCCAGGCAUCAAUUAUUCCAUGGACGAGCAGUGCCGCUUUGAUUUCGGCGUCGGCUACAAAAUGUGCACAGCGUUCCGAACCUUUGACCCGUGCAAGCAGUUGUGGUGCAGCCACCCAGAUAACCCCUAUUUCUGCAAGACUAAGAAAGGACCUCCACUCGACGGGACAGAAUGUGCCCCUGGGAAAUGGUGCUACAAAGGUCACUGCAUGUGGAAGAACUCCAACCAGCUGAAGCAGGAUGGCAACUGGGGACCCUGGACAAAGUUUGGCUCCUGCUCACGGACCUGUGGGACGGGAGUUCGCUUUCGAACACGCCAGUGCAACAAUCCCAUGCCCGUUAAUGGAGGUGAAGAUUGUGCCGGUGUCAAUUUUGAGUUUCAGCUCUGCAAUACAGAGGAGUGUCCGAAGCACUUUGAGGACUUCAGGGCGCAACAAUGUCAGCAACGCAAUUCCCACUUUGAGUACCAGAGCAGCAAGCACCACUGGCUGCCCUAUGAGCACCCUGACUCUAACAAGAGAUGUCACCUCUACUGCCAAUCCAAAGAAACUGGAGAUGUGGCUUACAUGAAGCAGCUGGCACACGAUGGGACUCGCUGCUCCUAUAAAGAUCCCUACAGCAUUUGUGUCCGCGGAGAGUGCGUGAAAGUGGGCUGUGACAAGGAAAUUGGCUCCAACAAGGUGGAAGAUAAAUGUGGUGUCUGUGGGGGGGACAACUCCCAUUGCCGAACCGUGAAGGGAACCUUUACCCGCACUCCCAAGAAGCUCGGGUACCUUAAGAUGUUUGACAUCCCUCCUGGUGCUCGACAUGUGUUUGUCCAAGAAGACGAGGCUUCUCCUCACUUUCUUGCAAUUAAGAACCAGGCAACGGGACACUAUAUCCUGAACGGGAAGGGGGAGGAGGCCAGAUCCCGCUCCUUCAUCGACCUGGGCGUGGAGUGGGAGUACAACAUUGAAGAUGACAUUGAGACCCUGCACACGGACGGGCCCCUGCACGACGCCGUGGUGGUGCUGAUCAUUCCUCGGGAGAACGACACAAGAUCCAGCCUGACCUACAAGUACAUCAUCCAUGAGGAUUCAGUGCCCACCAUCAACAGCAACAACGUCCUGCAGGAAGAAAUAGACACUUUUGAGUGGGCAUUGAAGAGUUGGUCACAGUGCUCCAAACCCUGUGGUGGAGGGUUCCAGUACACCAAGUACGGAUGCCGCAGGAAAAGCGAUCACAAAAUGGUUCAUCGCAGCUUCUGUGAAGCCAGCAAAAAGCCAAAGCCCAUCCGUAGGAUGUGCAAUCUCCAGGAAUGCACCCAGCCUCUCUGGGCAGCAGAUGAGUGGGAAUACUGCACAAAGACCUGUGGGAAUUCCGGCUACCAGCUCCGCACGGUGCGCUGCCUCCAGCCCCUCCCCGAGGGCACCAACCGCUCGGUCCAUUCCAAGUACUGCAGCGGGGACCGCCCCGAGAGCCGCCGGCCCUGCAACCGCAUCCCCUGCCCUGCCCACUGGAAGGUGGGGCCCUGGGCUGAGUGCUCAGUGACCUGCGGGGAGGGGACGGAGACCCGGCAGAUCACCUGCCGCGCCGGGGACCGCUGCGCCGGGGACAAGCCUGAAGCUGUCAGGCCUUGCAAACUGGCUCCCUGCCACGACGAGCCCUGCCUGGGAGACAAGUCCAUCUUCUGCCAAAUGGAGGUACUGGCGCGUUACUGUUCCAUCCCUGGCUACAAGAAGCUGUGCUGCGAGUCCUGCAGCAAGCGCAGCAGCGCCCUCCCACCGCCCUUCCUCACCGAAGCUGCUGAGAGGGAGGAGGAAGCCGUGUUUGACCAGAGCCAUCUGCCCACGGCCUUGAUGAUCCCAACCCCUGCAGUGCCCCAUCAUGCACAGCUCCUGCCCGGGACAGGUUCUCUGGGCAGGCUUCCUUUUGCAGAAGAGGACACAGAUACACACGUCUCUCCGUCCAACUCCAAGCCCAAAGAUGCCGAGUUUCCACAAUGGAGAGCUGCUCAGGCAAGGAAGACUUCCAGGCUGUUUGCUUUGCUGCACCAGUCCCCUGCCAACAGCAGCAGCCUCAAUCCACAUCCUGCCCUUGCCUUGGCAGCAGCUGGUCCUGUGGUGCCAGCUCGUAACACCACCAUGGGUGCCCCUUCUCCGUCGAGAACCUCCAGGAAGAGCGAGAAGCAGGUUGAGAAGAGGUGGCCUUCAAGGUCCUCUGCUGUGGAGAGAUGAGUGUGAGUGCCUUGGGGAGGACAGAGGCUUUGUUUGGGGUGUCACUUCCUUCCUUCUGGAGACUCUGGUGCAUGCUGCUUUCCACGAGCAGGACGCUGCAGGUCAUCAACUGGUUUCCCUUGUAAAUACAAAGACCAAGAAGUGCUGGUUCACUUUCUAGUUGCUACCGUCCUCCUGGCUAGCUUGGGCACACGGGAGGGAAGCACCAAAGAAUAUCCCAAACAGGGAGUAGAAGUUACUGAGGGCCCCAGGCAAGCUCUGGUACAGAAAGGUGGCCCUGACCUCAGCACUCACCUCCCUGGUUUUGGUUCUAAACACAUGUAGAAAAUGCCCCACGACAGGAGAUACCGACGUUUACACUCCACAACAUCCUUCCGCAGUGGAACAACUGAAUCCAUGAGACUUGUUUUGCUAAUUUAUCUCUAGAAAUGGAUCUUGUAUGAGCAGAUUUGCAGCUGGUGUGUAAAUACUGUCUUAUUGCAGAAAAUCAGUCUUAUUUUUUCAGAGUCUCUGUGCUGUCAGACAGCUGUUUCCCUACGUUGUGUUCUGGACAGUUGCUGGUGCCUGCCAUGGAGAACUGCCUUAGGGACAUUCCCAGAGCUGAGUUUUCAAGCAGUGUUGUCCUAAAAGGAGGAGUUCCAUUUUCACAGGAAUUACACCUACUGACACUUGGAAAGGGUUUUUCUUGUUUGUUUGUUUCUUUGGGUUUUUUGUAUCAACAAUGUGAUGCUUUCUUUUGAAACGGGGGGG